AAAAAUAACAUCAUCUGGAGCCUGCCUGAGGUCAAGCGUGAGUUUUCAGUGGCUUUGCUCGGCCUGCAGUGGUUCCCCUGGCUUGUCCCUCGCCACGUUCAAACUCUGAUGAAUGAGAGCGCGGCAACCUGCGGAGUUCUCAAAACAAUGUGUCACCACCGCAAAGUCUGCCAUUUUCAUUACCCCCAUGAAACCUCUAUUCAUCUAUACCAACCCUGCCCACCCUGUCCUUUCCCCUUGCACAGUGGAUGCAUCUCCGAGCCUUCAUUUUCUUUCCUGACAGACCCUCAGACCUUCAUAAGACCCUCAUCAGCAAAAAUGCACACAUCUUCGCCACAGAUAACGCCAUCUACACCCAAGUGCCUGCGCUCACUUUCUACCCCGUCGCAGGAUUUUGAUACUUCAACAGCGACGCCACCUCUACACACAGUUCGGCAAAGCCUCACCUUACAGCCUCGCCCACACCUACUUCUCCCACCUGAAGAUAUGAACUCGACACGCAAGUUCUCGUAUGCUUCGGUCAAGGAAGAGCCGGGUGAUGGGCUCCCCCAAUCCUUCGAGUCCUCCCUAUCCUCCUCAGACCUCGAAGAAGUCGAGUGGAUUGCAUGGCCCUGCACACAAUGGUGCAAAACAAAGGGUCUUUGCUCAUACCACUACGGCGGCACACAUGAAGAUCACGUCUCUGCUCGCCUCUCCGGGUAUCUCAAGAGUCAACCCCGCAAGUUACAGAAGAUUCUCGAUGAGCUCGAGAAGAGACGGUCCGCUCAGAAACUCUUCAACCUCCCCUUCGCCAAAGAAAUCACCCGCGUUCAACCUCACCCAGCUAGCUUCAGCCUCGACAUCUGGAGGGAGAAGGUCAGGGAGUCCAUCGGACCAUAUGAGUCAGACCUUUCGAACGAGGUCGCCAUUUUCGAUGAUUUCGACGAACUACCAGUGUACCCCAUCCACCAAGACCAGCCCGUCUCAUACUUGGAAAGCAUGCCCCAAGAGAUUCUCGACCUGAUCUUCUCUUAUGUCACAGUGGACCAUACCGCUGAUCCUUAUGCUCGCCCUCAUGUCGACCUGGCCUCGUGUGCUUUAGCAUCAUCGAGAUUGCAUGCCGCCGCUGUCCGCGUCAUGUAUCGACAUGUUUCCAUUCCUCAGUCCAAGGCUUUCUUCAAACUUAUGAGGAGCAUUGGCAACGACAAGGCACUUGGCGAGAUGGUCCAGUGGCUUGACUUCUCUCACUACUCCAACAUGGGUUUUGGUAGUGCCAGAAACGCUCGUAACCAGAAGCCUUACCUAACCCCUACUACCCUCAAAGCAUGUCUCGACCUUGUCCCUAAUCUCCAAGCAUUCCUCGUCCACGAGCAUAUCGACGACGAACUCAACGCAGACAUCAUCUCCACCCUUCUCAAGAUGCCUCUAAUGUCUGCAUUGGACUUCUGCGCUUGCUCCUGUCGCCCCUUCACACAGGCAUUCACUCAGGUCUGUGAAAAUAUGGAUUCAACCCCAUUGCCAAGCCUCAAAGGCUUGUCUCUUCACGAAUGCACCACCCUUCAACCGGUCGUCUUCGAGACUCUUCUCCCCCGCCUUGCCAGUCUCACUCAUCUCGACGUUGCACAUACUUUGAUCAACGACAAGGCCCUCUUCUCGAUUCCAGAAACUGCCAAGAUCACCCACCUCAACCUGGAGCGAUGCACAGGUCUGCAGGGGUCUGCAGUGGUCAAAUUCAUCACCACUCACCCCGCCAUCAAAGACAGCAUCGUCUAUCUCAACCUUUCCGCUGAUUCAUCACGCCACAGACUUUUGAGCGAGGUCGAUGUCAGCCGACUCUUGGCAUCCCUCCCACCAACUGUACGCUCUUUAAACUUGGGAGGUGCCCGGGUCAAUCAAACGCACAUUCCCGCCUUGCGACGAUUAUCUCCCCAUCUCGAAGAGCUCGGCCUUCGCGGCGCAGAUCUCAGCCUCAGUUCCGACAUUAAGCAGCUCUUCAAGUCCGAAGAUGAUGACUCCAACACCAGCUCGUCUCCAAGCAAACGUACCCCAUACAGUUCUCUGCGUUACAUUGACCUUACCAAUAUUAAGUCAGUCACGCAAAUGUCUCUCUCCUAUUCACCCUCUUUCUGCAUCACCGACCAGGAGUCUCUUCCUCUAGAGGUCAUCGAACUUAGCUCAGAGGUACUCCAGGAGGUCAAACGCCGCAACGCCCAUAUCAAAAGGCCCGAAUGGGUGGUCAAGGAACUUGGACGGAGAGGUUGGUAUGUCCGACAGCCAUUGCAGGGUUCAACUAUCGACGAUGGCUCUCGACCUUGGAAGAUGGGCGCCCGCUGGUGGGGAAUGAGAAAAGUACCCAUUGUUGAACAAGAUGUGGGUGGAAUGUAUGGGUAUUUCAUGUUCAAAAGAUCAUAGGGGAUCAAAGGAGCCUCCUUUCAGCUUGAAACGAGACCAUGGAUUGUCAACAGGCAUGGGCCUUCAGGGUAUCGGCUCAACAGCGUUUCAUAUGGAUUGUUUUUCUUACGGUAUCAUGGCUGAUCGCAACACACACACGGGUUCUGCGUUGGAUUUAUUGGAUAUUGCCAGGGUCAAAAGCAUGUUGAUUUCACUGCACUAGCAUAUUAGCGACAUUGACGGUUGGGACAGCAUGGAAAAAGGACUCAUGUGGCAUCUCACGACACGACACGACACGAACUCGACAUUAGCAUCAAGCAUCAGCAUCAGCAUCAGCAUCAGCAUCAGCAUCAGCAU